AUGUCGUUUCUCUCCGGGCUCUGCGGGUGCUUCGCCCGCAGCAAUAGUCCCCCGCCCUCCACCUCGUCUCCAGAGAUGCAAAUGCCCGGCACCCACAACAACAGUCGCCACAGCACCCAAACCGGGCGGUUCACACUCUCCAGCGACGGCGAAUUCAUCCGUCCAGCAGUCCCCCGUAUAGCACGCAGAGAGCACGGACCUCUGCCCGCUGACGCUGAUGACGGGGGCUAUGCGGCGGUAGUCCCACUCCCACAGUACACGCCGCGUCCCAUGAGCAUUCACGAGAAAACCCUCGAGGCGCACAUGCGUGAUUCCUCGAUCUCAUCCGAGUCGCAGGACACAUAUCCCACGGACGAGAAGAACCGCAACCUCUACGACGAAGAGGUCACCUCUGAUGGCUCCUCGGCCAUUUCCUUUCCCAGCAGCUACGGAAAUACUUCUACUGCCACGAGAGAGACCCCUCCGCCGCCAUACUCGCCUCGUCAUUCUGUUGUGCUCAAUCGGUCGCGGUCGAUCUCUAUCUCGUCGGCUAUGGCCGUCACUAUCAAUCCCCCGCCCAGCGCCCAUAUGAAUAUCUCGCGGACGGGUCAUGCUCGAGUCGAUGCUGAUGACCAGUCUAUUCGGCGGCAUCGGAGAGUCUCUUGGGAGAGCCGGUGA